AUGUCUUCAACAACAACAGAUUCUUCCCAAAAAUUGCAGUAUCUGAUCCAACAGUUUCAGAAUUACAACAAACCUCAUCUUCAACAUUUUCCUGCAAAAUCUUCAGCUGUUUUGGUUUGUCUGUACCAAGAACAAAGACAAGACAAAAUCGAACUACGCGUAAUCUUAACCAAACGUUCCUCUACUCUCUCUUCUCAUCCUGGGGAAGUAGCAUUGCCUGGAGGAAAGAGAGACAAAGAAGAUUCAGAUGAUGUAGCUACCGCGUUGAGAGAAGCUCGUGAAGAAAUCGGUUUAGAUCCUUCUCUUGUCACAAUUGUUUCUGUUCUUGAACCAUUUGUUAACAAGAAAGGAAUGUCAGUCGUACCAGUUAUCGGUUUUUUACUCGACAAGAAAGCGUAUAAACCGUUAGGAAAUCCAGCUGAAGUAGAAGACAUCUUCGAUGUUCCAUUAGAGAUGUUCCUCAAGGACGAGAACAGGCGAACGGAGGAACGAGAGUAUGAAGGAGAGAGAUAUCUUCUUCAUUACUUCGAUUACUAUUCCGAAGAUAAAGAUUUAAACUUUAUGAUAUGGGCACUCACUGCUGGUAUUCUGAUCAGAGUUGCCUCUAUUGUUUAUCAGAGAUCUCCAGAGUUUGAAGAACUCAAGCCAAGAUUCUGGAAACAACCCAACUGA